CGUGCAAUGGCCCCUUGUUGUCCAGUAUGUAUAUCAACAGUUGUUGUAGUUUGCAACACUUAUAUGGUGUGCAUCUGUAAAUAUGGGUUACGCACGAUGUUGAUUAUUAUUAUUAUUAUUAUUAUUAUAGUUGUUGUUGUUGAUGAUAAUGUUGAUGUUGUGAAGAAGGGCUGACACCAUGAUGUCUCCUUUUCUUCCUUCCACCCCCUCCCUUCCUGCUCAGCCUACAUUACGUCAUUGAGACUUGUGUGCACUUGUCUGUCGCGCUGUAAUUUCUGUGAUGCAGCUCUGUAUUAGCGGAAGCGUGCACUUGCAGGACGCAGCCUUUUGUCUUCAUAUGUUCUAGCCUGGCUUGAUAUCUGCUAAUAAAGCAGUCAGAGAGCUUGACGCCUCAGUAGGAGGUGAGCAGGCCGCUGGACUCCCCUUAGACCCUCUGACCAGUGCAGGCUGUUUAUCUCUGCGGCCAGCGGAGCUGGAUCGAGCCGGUGCAGGAUCAGAUAACAAGCGCCACCAUGUUGGGCUUCUUGAAGAGAGAAGGCUGCGAUUCUUUGAUCUGCCUGUGGGCCAUGCUGCUGUUGCUCCCCCUUCAGGUCUCUCCCCAUGGUCAUGACCAGAGUGGGACCAGAGGCCACAGUAUUCCCGAUCGUCCAAAGCUGCUGCUGGUGUCUUUCGACGGCUUUCGCUGCGAUUACAUCUACCGGGUUCCGACACCGAACUUCCACAUCCUCAAGGACGAGGGGGUGAUGGUGGAUCAGGUGGAGAACAUUUAUAUUACUAAGACAUUCCCAAACCACUACACACUGGUGACUGGUGUGUAUGCAGAGACGCAUGGCAUUGUAGCCAAUGAGAUGUUUGACUCCAGCCUGAACCAGUCCUUCUCCAUGGAGACCGACAGUCGUUUUGAUUCUCACUGGUGGGAAGAGGCAGUGCCUCUGUGGGUGACAGUUCAGAAAGCCGGACGACGCAGUGGGGCUGUGAUGUGGCCUGGAACAGAUGUGAAGAUCCACGGUGUGUACCCCUCGAAAUAUCUCCCCUACAACUCUUCGGUCUCCUUUGAAAGCAGAGUGGAGCAGAUUAUUGAAUGGUUCUCCGGUCCUGAAGAGGAGGCGGUGGAUUUUGGUGUCCUCUACUGGGAGGAGCCUGACGAGAGCGGCCACAGGCUGGGUCCUCAGAGUUCCCAAAUGGACGAAGUCAUUGCUGGGAUUGAUGAGAAAGUUGGCUUCCUCAUUAAUGAGCUAAAGAAAGCCGGGUUGUAUGAGAAGAUGAACCUGAUAGUGACCAGUGACCACGGUAUGACGCAACUUUUCGCUGAUAACAUCAUUGAACUGGACGAGUAUGUCAGCAGGGACCUGUACAUGUGGGUGGAUAAGAGCCCAGUGGUGGGAAUCCUACCAAAAGAAGGUAAGCUGGAGGAGGUUUACAACAAACUGUUGGAUGCAAAUCCAAACAUGAUGGUGUACAGGAAGGAAGAAAUGCCCCCACGUUACCAUUAUCAACACAACAGCAGGAUCAUGCCCAUCAUCUUGGAGGCCAAAGAAGGCUGGACCAUCAUGCAGAACAGGACCGGCCACUUCAUGUUGGGAAACCACGGCUACGACAACACCUUGCGCAGCAUGCAGCCCGUGUUUGUGGCCCGCGGACCUGCAUUUCGUCAGAAUCAUGUGAAACCCUUUAUGCGCUCGGUCGACAUUUAUCCACUCAUGUGUCACAUCCUGUCUGUGCGGCCCCUGCCCAACAAUGGCUCCCUUCUAAAUGUUCAGGACCUGCUGGCCCCAGAGCCUGUAACAUCCACGCCCAGUGUCCCGCCCAGAGCGGAAGAAUACUCCUAUGCCCCCGUUGUGGGCUGUUUUCUCAGUGUGGUGAUGGUGAUUGGAUUCCUCAUGGUAUUCAUCAGAGAAGUGACGCUCAGGCAGCUGCCCUCGCUUCAGCACAGACGCAGGGAGAUGUCACAGCCCUUGCUGCAAGAGGACUUGCACCUGUAGCUGAAGACAACGGACGCACGGUGUCGAUAAAGAGAAGAGGAGAGACCGCUCCCCAAGGUAGCUCGCUCUGCCCAGAAGCAUCCCCCCAACGCCUCCUUCACACUAAUAAUAGUCACCGUGUGGCUCUCUUAUUAAAUGGAGAGCAACAGAAUCUAAUCCCACCUUCUCACAACAUACAGAGUUUUUUUCCAGGCGUGUAGGAAAUGUUUAGAGACUGCUUCUGGUACGGGCUUCAUCAAGGAAAUUAACUUGUUAAAUUUGCCUUACCGUGGCUUUGUUUUGAUCGUGAUCUUUAAACCAUCUCAUCCUUUUCAUUUAAGUGCAAAAGAAACUAAAAGUGGUAGUUUAUCCUGCGGCAGCAGGGAUGCUAAAGUUAGAGCCGUAGCGUGUAGCCCUUAAAUAGAAAUAAAUGCAUUUUUCUCCAUUGCCAAAUGAGUUCCCACAAUGCACAUUUUGCCUAUCAGUUCCGCCCAUCUAUUCCUGUUCCAUUUCUCAGUAAAGCAGUGUUUCAAAUAACAGGUCACCUUGAGGAGAUUUUUUGGAAGCGUUGCACAUUGCAGCUCGACAGUAGAGAGGUGAGUUUUGGUGCAAGAAUAAGGUGUACGUCAUCUAGGUAGUGUAUUGGUAAUCACUCAGUAUUUCUCAGGGUAGCGACAGAAGGUUAUUCACUGAAGUGUUCAAGUCCUGUGGCCAUCAAGGACAGCC